UUCAGUCAAGAGGAAAUGUUGUCAAAUGUUGUGUUUUUCUUUUGUUUAUGUGUCCUUGCAGAUCUUCCUCAGCAUCCGAGUAACCAGGAGAGAAGCUCCAGUGUGGAGCAGGAUGAACAAGAGGAACCAGAACCUCCACUGACUAAAGAGGACCAAGAGGAACCAGAACCAUCUCAUGUUAAAGAGGAACUGGACGAGCAAGAGGAACAGGAAUUGCCUCAAAUUAAAGAGGAGCCAGAGGAGCUCUGCAUCGGUCAGGAUGAAGAGCACUUUGAUCUGAAGCAGGAGACGGAAACCUUGAUGGAGAUUCCUACAUUUGAGGAAAAUGAGCUCAAUGAAGCAGAUCUAAGCAAUCCGUGGAGCUUUAAUGUAACUGAUGGUCAGGGUGAAGAAGGAAGCCAUUAUGAAGAAUCAACUACAGAUGAAGAGACAGAGCCAGAAAACAGAGAUCAAAGAAAGAGAAAAGACAGAAGUCAUGUCCUAAGUGUGGACAUCUCUCACAUUUUAGAGAGUCAGUUUGAUAUUAAAACAGAGGAACUGUCAGAACAAGAGAUCUAUGGAGAAACAUCCAGAAAAAAAUCACCAACCAAAACAUGUGAAAGAGACAGGAAAAUGGAGAAAUACUUUUGUCUACAGUGUGGGAGGAGUUGUACAACUGCUCGAGGUUUGAGGCGUCACAUAAGAACCCACACAGGAGAAAGGCCUUUUUCAUGUAAAGUAUGUGGCAAAACGUUCAGCCGUAAUUAUCAUCUCACACGACACAUGUUGACUCAUUCAGGAGAAAAGCCUUUUUCCUGUAUAGAAUGCCAUCAGAGUUUCAAACAGAGUUCCGUUCUCGUAAGUCACAUGUUAACUCAUUCAGACGAAAACCUAUUUUCCUGUCUGGUGUGCCAUAAAACCUUCAGGCGUAGUUUUCAUCUCAAAUGUCACAUGUUAACUCACACAGGAGAAAAGCGAUUUUUCUGUACACAAUGCGAUAAAAGUUUCAGGUAUAGUUCCAGUCUGACGCGUCACAUCUUAACUCACACAGGAGAAAGGCCUUU